AGAAUACGGUCGGUCGGUUGCUUCGAUUGGAGUGAAAAAUACCUCGGCAAGCUGUUUCAAGUCCAGUGCAACAAGUGAAGCAGCAGCUAGGUGUUGUGUCGUGUGAAGAAAUUCUUGUGCUGUUUUUGCAAGUGGAAAAUUUCGCCACUUACGCGUUCGAAACACGGUUGCGAAAGUUGGUUUGAAGUGCUCGGCCGGAAGUUGGGCCGACGGAACGGAUCUGUGUCGGUCCGGGGGGAAAUUGGCUGCUGGAUUUGUGCGUUUCAUUUCGUCGUUUCGGGAGGGUUGAGCUUUGAGUAAAUUGAAAUCGUCGUCUGCUGUCGUUUUCGUGGUGGUCGUAGUGUGCGGUGACUGUGGUCGCCGUCAGUCGUUAGUGAAUAAGAGGAAGAAGGAAGUGUCGUGCGGGUGGGAAAGAAAUAAGAGGGGAAAGUGCGCGGAGUGGAGCGGAAACUUCAAUGACGACGACGGCUGACACGAAGAAGACAACAGCAUCUGUGUGCGAAGCGGGUUGCGGGCGAUGAUGAUUGUGAUCAAAAGCAGACUGGCGAUGAUCGCAUGAAUGUCCCAUUUCAGAGCAGCAACAGCAGCAAAUAUAUUAGCAACAGUGCUUUCUGAUGAAGUAAUGGACGAAACUCGGUGAUCAUCUUGAUGCGGUGUGAUAAUUGUGUUAGUGGAGUUUUUCUCGAUCUCGCUGGUGAUUGUUAAUUGGAGCUCGUCGAGAGCUAUAGUAUCUACUGGAAGAAAAAUAUAAGCUGCUAACUGAGCAGGGGAAAUAAAGUGUUUGCCGUUUGGAAUACAAUACCGAAAAACAAGGGCCCUACAAGUCAUUGCUGAACGAUCAGAACCCGAGGAUCUUUGGGUCUAGUUUGUGUGUGCCGUGAAGAAACCACUUUGAAAAAUGAAUGAAAUCGAUGCCCUACGAGCGGAGGCAGAGCAGCUGAAGAAUGCCAUUCGUGAUGCACGAAAAGCAGCUUGUGACACAUCGAUUCUUCAGGCCACCAGUCAGCUUGAGGCCGUUGGGCGGAUCCAGCUGCGAACCAGACGUACCCUGCGAGGUCAUUUGGCCAAGAUCUACGCCAUGCACUGGGGUAGUGACUCUCGGUACCUGGUAUCUGCGUCACAAGACGGCAAGCUGAUAGUAUGGGAUUCACACACCACCAACAAGGUUCACGCGAUUCCACUGCGAUCUUCCUGGGUUAUGACGUGUGCGUACGCUCCGUCCGGGAAUUACGUUGCUUGCGGUGGUUUGGAUAACAUUUGUUCCAUAUAUAAUCUCAAAACUCGCGAGGGCAAUGUACGGAUUGCUCGGGAGCUGGGAGGCCACACUGGUUACCUAUCUUGCUGUAGGUUCUUGGACGAUAAUCAAAUCGUUACCAGUUCCGGCGACAUGUCCUGUGCACUGUGGGACAUUGAAACCGGUCAACAAUCUACGUCCUUCCAAGGUCACACCGGUGAUGUGAUGGCCCUUUCGCUAGCCCCCCAAAGUAAGACGUUCGUUUCGGGGGCGUGUGAUGCUACUGCCAAAUUGUGGGACAUUCGCGAAGGCCAAUGCAAGCAGACAUUCCCUGGACACGAAAGUGAUAUAAAUGCCGUUGCUUUCUUCCCGAGUGGUCAGGCUUUUGCCACCGGUUCCGACGAUGCCACCUGCCGACUGUUCGACAUUCGUGCCGAUCAGGAACUGGCCAUGUACUCACAUGAUAACAUUAUCUGCGGUAUCACUUCGGUAGCAUUCUCCAAAUCUGGUCGGCUGCUGUUGGCCGGCUACGAUGACUUCAAUUGCAAUGUGUGGGACACGAUGAAGGCGGAACGGGCAGGAAUCCUGGCUGGACACGACAAUCGUGUGUCGUGCUUAGGGGUGACGGAGAAUGGAAUGGCGGUGGCUACCGGUUCUUGGGAUUCCUUCCUUCGUGUGUGGAACUAGGACUCGCAUUACCAUCUGGCAGAGAAAUGUUGAACGCACAGCACAAAGUAUCCAUCACAAAUCCAAUAGCAUCCGAUACCGAGCAAGAGCAGAACGAGAAAGGAAUUAAGCGCAGCAUUCACGCGAUAGCCAUGUUGUACUAUUUUUUCAUCCCCCCAAAACGCACGCUCCAUUCAAGUGCUGUUUUGCCACGCCAGGCUGCCGGACAACCGGAACGACGUUAUAGUUAGCUAGUUAAACCGCGCCGCGCGCAACCACCAACUACCUAUUUCCAGCGUUACUAUUGGAGUGUGUAGUAUAGAGAUCAAUGGGGCAGCUUGUUUUCAUUUUUGUUCAAGUGAAAGAGUAUCGGUUGCUCGUGCGUAGCAAAGGCAGCUCGCGUAAGCCAAAAGUUUGUUAACAGUGUAAAACAGUAAGUGCCUUCAGAUUGUUAUAAGCGCACCCAUUUUUUAUUCAUCCUUUUUAUAGCCUUUAUAUACAACACAAAUGAAACCCCCCUAAAAACAGCUAGUACACACGAGGUUCACACGAAAAUAUGAUGAAAAGCGUAGAGGAUAUGUAGCAAUGUGUCCUACGUUAAUGCAGAAUUGAAGCCAGUAAAUUCAAUUGUUCAGCAGCGAGGACAAAACUAGGUCUAUUAUUUAAGAAAGUAUCAUUUCACUACUUGUUAUAAUCUGUCAUGCCUGUUUAGGAGAGAUAUCUUCGAAGGGAUAGAGAGGAAACGUACGAAGCACUUUCAAACUGUAUGCCCACUUUGGCUACUUGUAUAGGUUUUAUCUUGUAUUUAAAACAGAAACAAAUUUCGUAAAUUAUUCGACCGGCUCCGGUUCCAAUGGGCCGAUGGAAGUUCACUAGCUUAGGUGGCCUUAAAUAGUGAAAUUAAGCAGAAAGUUACGCACAAUUGCUGGUUGGCACAGUUCGAUUUUAAUUUAUUUCUUCUUCUUUUCCGCGUUGAGAGAAUCAAACAAUGUUUACACACACAAAAACUAGUGGAAUAAUCGGAAAAUUUAGGAAACUUUUACUGUAGUUCUAUUUAGAGUGAACGAAUCGGAACGAGCUAGGCGAAGGGAAGAGCAUCAGAUCGCGAUUGCAACAAUUAAUGCAGUGUGUAUCAGAUCGUGAAUCCAAGAGCUGGAACACAGCGCUGGGAAGCAAGAGUGACGAGUAAUAAGAUGAAAAAGCUUUUAAUUAUUUGAUAAAUAUAUUUCUAGGUCGGAAAAAGAG